AAAGUGGCAAAUCCCCACAAAGCAGCGCUUAUUCUGGCUAGAGGGGGAAGCAAAGGCAUCCCCCUGAAGAAUAUCAAAGUCCUAGCUGGAGUUCCCCUGCUUGGAUGGGUUGUGAGAGCAGCGCUGGAUUCAGAGCUCCUGGACAGUGUGUGGGUGUCCACAGACCAUGAUGAGAUUGAAAGGGUGGCCAAACAGUGGGGGGCUCAGGUGAUUCGCCGCAGUCCUGAGGUCUCCAGAGACUCCUCCAGCUCACUUGACACUAUACAGGAGUUCCUCAAACUGAGGCCAGAGGUGGACAUUGUGUGUCAUAUCCAGGCCACGUCUCCAUGUCUGCACCCUUACCACAUCAAAGAAGCAUUACAGAUGAUCACUGAUGAGGGCUAUGACUCUGUGUUUGCUGUGGUGCGCAGGCACCAGUUCCGCUGGUCGGAGGUGAAGAAAGAAGAGGGUAAGAACCCCACACCUCUGAACCUAAACACUGCUAAGAGGCCCCGGCGGCAGGACUGGCCUGGAGAGAUCUGUGAGAAUGGAUCCUUCUACUUCACCAAGCGAGAAAUUCUAGAGAAGGGCCUUCAGCAGGGUGGGAGAAUUGCCUACUAUGAGAUGCUUCCUGAGCACAGUGUGGAUAUUGAUGUGGACAUAGACUGGCCUAUAGCGGAAGAGAGGGUCCUCAGAUUUGGUUACUUUGGACGGGAAAAGCCAGGAGAGUUCAGGCUGCUGCUGUGCUCCUUGUCUGGCUGUUUGACUGAUGGACAGAUAUACUAUUCAGUCUCUGGAGAGCAGCUGGUGUCCAUUAACUCUCGUGAUCUCACUGCCAUACGCAUGCUGCAAAAUGAGAACACAGAGGUGAUCCUGAUUUCUUCCAGUGGUGACCCAGUGCCAAAGGCCCUGGCAGAGAAACUUGCCCAGGAUGCAGGCUGCACCCUCAUGUACGGAGUGGAACGUAAGCAGCCUGAGGUGGAGCAUCUGAUGAAUGAACGAGGGCUGCAGUGGAAAGAUGUAGCCUAUCUAGGUACCGACAUGCAGGAUAUUGACUGUCUGGCGAGGGCUGGCCUGAGUGGGGUUCCUCCACAUGCCGUGGCAGCGGCAGUCUUUGCGGCCAAGUAUACCUGCUGCAAUCCUGCAGGCCGUGGAGCACUCUGGGAGUUUGCAGAUCACAUUUUACUACUGAAGAAGAUGGCCAAUUCUAAAACAGAUGAAGACUACAUAGACAGGAUGAAUUUUUAGAGGAAAUAAAGGUUUUCCUCAUGUCACUUUUUAAUUUUUUUAAUUUUUCCUUCAUACUUUAGCAAAUGACCUGAUCGAGAUGCACUUUCCACAUAUUUCUGCUACUUUUUGAUAUUGGAUGUAUAAUUUGGUGGCUGGUUGGUGUUGGUGUUAAUUUAAUUUCUUUGGGCUUUUUAAUUUGGUAUAAUAUUAUUCUGACAAGACAUAAUAAGGAGAGUAUAUUUCAAAACAGCUAAAAUUGCAGUUGUACAGACUGGCAAAACAGAUUUGUAUCAGACAAAGUUGAGACAUAUUAACCUAAAAAACAUCUCUCUACCAUCCUGACAAAAAUUUCUCUACCAUAAUGUUCUCUUAGAGAUGAAAAUGAAAUACUGAAGAAUCAUACUGAAUGCUCAUCAACAUGUCAUUGGUUUUGCUUUUAUUUUCAGGGUAUUUCAGAAUAUAUAUUUUCACAAUUUUGUUUGUAAAACUGAAGCAAUAAAUAAAAAUAAUUAAACUAAAAGAACUGGCUUUAUUGUUUUACAGGUAAAUGCAGCCACACUUCUUUAAAUGAAAUGUUUGUUUUUAUAAUAUAUAUUUGUUACUUUUGAAACGUGUGAAAAUUGAUUGUUUUCAUAGUGAAAUUUUAAGGAAGGGAGAUUUGCCAGUUUAAAAGGUUGCCUUUACUAAGAGGGAAUGUAAUGUUUAUAAAUAGAACAUGAAAAACAAAAAAAGCCACUUAACUGCUUAAAUGGAAAUAGUUUUUCCACCAUGAUUUAGCACCUGCUGUAUGUGGUUCUUUAAACAACAUAUUGAAAAAUAACUAUACAGCACGAAAUAGGCUUUCCACUAGUGUUACAUAUUAACCUUCUUUGGUUUAUUUGAGCAUAUUUUUAUUUUUCAAUAAAAAAAAAUAGUGUGACAUUGGCACUGGUAAUUAAUCUCCAGGUUUUUUUAUUCAGUUAUUAUUCCUCAGUAACUACUAUAAAUUAUACUUAUAAUAUACUUAUUAUAAUUAUUAUGAAGCUAAGUCUGGACCCAUCAAAGGGUCCUUAGAGUUUAAGAGAUUAAAUCAGCCUUUUUUCUGUGAACUCAAGAAGUGGUUUGUUGUUCUUUGGUGUGUCUAUAGUUCUUGGGCUUAGUAUGUCUGUUUUCAGAAAUACAGGGUUAAUGUUUCACAUAAUAACAUCUGGAGAAUAAGAACAGUUAUGUCGUCAUUGACUUCAGUUCCGCCUUCCAUAAAGUCAGCCCCAUGCACCUGGUAAGGAAACUUGGCACAUUAGGCAUCAACACCCCACUGUGCAACUGGUUACUGGACUUCCUCACAGACAGACCCCAGACAGUAUGAGUUGAAAUAAACACCUCUAAAACCAUCAUCAUGAACA